GUAAAUAUUUGGCGGUUUAAAUAAUGAUAUUGUUCAUGAAAUUGCUACCAGGAGGCAGUACGAUAAUAAACGCGUUUAAAAUUUCACACCUUGGAUAACACCUGUGUAGACAAGUAGACACACUCGCGAGUCUUUGAAUCACAAAUAUACAUGGUUCUGGCUGUACCGUGAUCGUGUAUUUAACACAAGACAAAAAUUAACUCAAAUUGAUAAUUUUUUUAUUAUAUUUUUUUUUUUUUUUAUAUUUUUUAUCAGUUUAUUUAUUUAUUUAUCAUUUUAUCUAUUUUAUAAUUAUCACAACUGAUGUCAACACUGGAAGACUCAUCAGACUGCCACCAGGAAACAAUGAAAGAGCAAAGAGAACGAGAUAUAGUUAAACAAGAAAUAAAAUUACCAGAAUGGAAUGAACAUCAAGAUGAUGAAUCAUCACAAAUAACUGUUAAUAAUAAUAAUAAUAAUAAUAAUGAUGAUGAACAACAACAAAAUCAACAACAAGAACAACAAGACAAUGAUACAUUACAAAGUGUUAUAACAAAUAAAAAAAUAGUUAGAACAAUAACAACAACUGGACAUAUUACAGAAAAUAGUGGUGAUUGUGAAAUUGAUUCACCGGUAUCAAGUCCAGAUAAUAUUAAAAUUAAUUCACAAAUAAUAAUUCAACCAACAAGAGAAUUAACUUAUGAAGAAUCUAAACAAUAUAUUAAUAUGAUUCGUCAAAAUAGUCCAGAACAAACAACUAUAACUGAGUCGGAACAAAAUCAAGAAAUUUCAUACUCAAGAAACAAUAAUAAUAAUAAUAAUGAUAAUGAUGCUGAUGAUGAUGAUGAUGAAGAUGAUGAAGAUGACGAUAAUGAUGAUGAUGAUGGUGAUGAUGUACGACAAGAAGCAGAGAGACAAAAUAUGGUUGUUUCAGUAAAAGAACAAAUGAGAUAUCAUCAAGUUUACCAAGAUGAACCAACUCGAACUCAAAGAAAUAAUCAUGUAAUUGAAGUAUCAUCAAUUCAUCAAGAUAACAGACGUCAUCAACAAAAUAGAUUUAGUUCACCUGAAAAUAGUACAACUAGAUUUCAAGUAUCACCAUCAACUGUUGGUGAAUCAGCUGGUGCUGCUGAAGAUUAUGAAUCAGCAGCAAUUGUUAGUCAAGGUGGUAGUGUACAUAUUGGUUCACCAGCACCAGUUUAUUCACCAUCAUCAUCAACAACAACAACAGCAGCAAUAGCAGCAGCAGCAGCAGCAGCGGUAGAAACAAAUAGAUCAUCAUCACAUCAUCAUCAUCAUCAUUCCCAUAACAACAACAACAACAACAAUCAUCAUAAUCAUAAUCAUAAUAAUAAUCAUCACCAUCAUCAUCAUCUUCCACCUGGUUAUGCAUCAGAAAUUGGUCUUAAAUAUGAUAUAAAUACUGCUGCUGCUGUUGUUGCUGAAAAUUUAAAAAAUAGUAGUACAUAUACAACACUAGAAACAGUACCAAUUCCACCAUCACAAGCAGUUCAUCAAUAUCAUCAAUAUGCUGUUUCUGAUGGUUAUCAACCACCACCAGGUUAUACUGGUUAUCAAAAAAAUAAUAAUGAAAUAACAUAUUUAACAUAUCAAAGUGGUUUACCAUCCAGAGGAACAGAGACAUUUUCACAUGUUUUUCAGGUAGAAUCACAAGGUGGUGUUUAUAUUAAAAGUGAUCCAACAUUAACAUCAUCAUCAUUAAUUGGUACAAGAACACAAUUGCAUUAUGAUUCACCUGGAUCACCUGGUUCACAAGUUACAAUAUAUGGUACAAGUGCACCAUUUCAAUAUGUCAAAACAAGUGGUAAUGGCGGUGGUGGUGGUGGUGAUAGUUAUUGGCAAGGACCACCAGGUUCAUCAUCACCACCACCACCAUCAUCAUCUAUACCGCCACCACCACCACCUCCACCACCAACAUCAUCGUCAUCUUCAACAGUAGCAGCAUCAACAACACUUGAUUAUAUUCAGGGUUAUUCAAAUUUACCAACGUCAAUUGGUGAUGCUAAUAAUUUAAAUUUAUACACAAGUGGUGGUUACAGUGUUUCUGGUGUUAAUGGAUCAGCAUCACCAUGGCAUAUGCAUAGUGCAUUAUCACUUGGACCAAAUGAUGAAUCAUUUGAUGCACAUAUGAUUAAUAAUGAUCCAAAAGAAUGCACAAGUUGUGGUUCAUCAUUAACAGCAAUUUGGCGAAGAGAUGCUAAUGGAAAUAAUCUUUGUAGUUCAUGUGGUAUUUAUGGUAAACCAGUUAAUCAUUCACAUAGACAACAUGUUAGAUGUGGAGGAAAAAUUAAACAGACUCUUACACCUAGUGGACGAAGAAUGGGAAUUCAUUGUGCAAAUUGUAGAACAAAUAAUACAACACUUUGGCGAAGAAAUAAUAAUGGAGAGCCUGUAUGUAAUGCAUGUGGUCUUUAUUUUAAACUUCACAAUGUAAACAGACCAAUGAGCAUGAAAAAAGAAGGAAUUCAAACACGAAAAAGAAAGCCAAAAAAUCAUUCUGGUAUGGGUGGUGGAACUUUAGCUGGUCCAAGUGGAAUUCAUAAUAAAAGUGAAAUGAAAUCCAAUUUACUUGUGUGCCCCCAUUAGAGCCAAUGUCAAGUAAAUCUGGAUCAGAUCAUCUUGCAACAGUCAUCACCUCAACGGGGACAGCACAUAUUGAUCGAUCAUGAUCAUAGAUCAUAAUCGAUUUUUACCAACACAAAUUUAACGUUAUUUUUAUUAUCGACAGUGAUAAUUUAUUCUGUUGUACCGAUUGAAAUGCCUGAACGCGCUUGCCAUCUGUUGACUCAUCACGAUCAAAAGCAUAUAUAAUUUAAAAUUUAAUUUCUCUGUCGAUGUCAACAGAAUUCUAUAAUAAUUCGGUAAUUUUUUUCUCUUAAAUUCAAAAUAGUCAAAUGGGGGGUUUUUUUUUUUUCUGCUGUACAUAACAUUUUAUACAUAAUUGUCCAAAGAUUUAUGUUUAGAUUUAAAUAAUCAUAAAUUUUUAAAUGCAAAUUUAAAUUAAGUUUUAACAAAAAUUUAUUAACUCAUACUAGAAAUGCAUUGUGCAAUGAGAUUUUUUUUUUUUUUGUUUCUUUUUCGUGUAAGAUAUUAAAAAUAUAUUUUAAAAAUUUGUAAAAUGAAAUUUUACAAAAUACAAAAAAAAAAAAAAAUCAUAAAUAGCCAACUAGACAAUAUUAUUAUUAUUAUUAUAAAUAUUUCAAUAUGAAAUAUAUUAUUAAUGUGUGUUAUAAACAAUUUUAUAAUGUAAUUUGUAAUUAAAUGUUGGAUGAAAAGAAAAAAAAAAAAAAAAAAGAUUUAAAUAUAUAAAAAUAUAUAUACUUUAGCAAGUAAAAUAAAAAAAAAUAAAAAAAAAG